CAAAGAAGUCAAAUCUUAUUGCUGAUAUUCAAUUUUGACAAUUGUCUACAUAAAAAUAUAAUUCUACAAUCAUACUGUAUUUAUUAUAAAAUAUUUUGAAAAUGGACAGUUUUCUACUACAUUGCAAAAGUUUAUUGACUAACCUGCCCAAGCUUAAAUUGUUCCGUAUUGUUUUGGGAAAUGAAGCAUGUGACCUGGAUUCUGCCAUUUCUGCUCUUACUUAUGCAUUUUAUUUAAAUCACAAGACAGGCAUUCCAACUUUACCUGUAAUGAAUAUUCUGAAACAAGAAAUUCCACUAAAAACCGAAGUAGUUCAUUUUCUAAAACAAAACGAUAUUCUGUUACAUAAUUUAAUAUUCAGAGAUUCACUUGACCUGUCUAUGCUAAAGAAUAUGUCUUUUGAAAUAACUUUAGUAGACCAUCAUAUAUUAUCAGAAUAUUGGAUACCAUUUAGCUCAAAGGUAAAGGAAAUAUUAGAUCAUAGGCCGAAAGAUCCAAGCUGGAUGUGGGAUAGCUCUGUUCAAGACAAGAUUCAAAUGGUAGGAUCCUGUGCAACAUUAGUGGCAAAUGAAAUAUUUCAAAAUCAAAAUGUACAUAACAAAGAUUUUCAAAUGCUUGCCAAACUUUUACAUGCAACAAUAUUGCUAGAUACUGUGAACUUUUCAAAAUCUGCAGAUAGGGCAAGAGAAUUAGAUGUAAAAAUAAUUGAGAGGUUGGAAACUGUGCUGAACGUUUCACCUGAAGACUUGCUUGAGUAUAGAUCUAAAAUAUUCAAUGAUCUCACUAAGGCUAGAACAGAUAUAAGCAAGCUAACUCCAAUUCAAAUUUUACAUAAAGACAUGAAGAAGCUUGGGCAGAUACCAAUUUCUGGAAUGCCUAUUUUAAUAGAAAAGUAUCUUGAGAUUGCUGGUUCACAUGAGGCCAUUUUAGAGAUGUGUGAAUUAAAUUCAACAGAUAUAAUUAUACUGAUGGGAAUGCAGAUUGAUGGCACAAUGGUAACAAGGGAUUUGGGUAUAUACAGUAGAAAUUAUGCAGAAGAAAUUAAUGAGAUCAUAUGCACUUUAAAAAAUAAUAAGAAUCCUGAUUUAUUAUUGCAAGAAAAGAAUUCUAGAUUGAAUGGUCUGACACUAUUUUCUCAAGGAAACACUAAAGCCACAAGAAAGCACAUUUAUCCAAUUUUGAAAAAGAUAAUGGAAAAAUUAUGUUUAUGUAAUGUAAAAAGCUGA